AUGUGGUUCUCCAAGGAUCCAGACUUCAGUCUAUAUCACGGUUUGUCACUCGUCACGGUUCCACUCAAAGGUCUGGAGAACACAAGUGCUUUAGAAGAAACGUUGGCAACCUUCACACCUGAUAUCACUGUUGAUGAGGACGAUGAAAGCUACCGGUUCCUGUGCUCCUGCCCGGGCCUGUACCAGUGCAGUGUGACGGGCCUGGUGUUCCACAUGGAGGGAGAAGGGGACGUGGUUUACAGGAUUGUCUCUUGGGACAGGAGGCUACUGGCCCAACAUCACAAGAAGCCUGCAGGACCCCUGUUUGACAUCAAAUGUCAGCAGAAGUCUGUGUGUCGGCUUCAUCUCCCACACUGUGAGAUCCCAUCCACAGCUGGAUGUCAGUUCUUGUCAGUCGCUCACCUGAAUGAUGAGGGCAUCGAGUUCAUCGCCCCUCAUAAGGUAACAGACACUCAUGUGAUCAUCAACAUCUCAGGGUUUUCUGGUUAUGGUAACAUCAAGGAUGAUGACUCACCAUGUUUCCCAGUCCGAGCGCUGGUUCUGCUGUUCUACAGGCCUCCGAAUGGUCAAGAUUUUGAAUCUCUCCUCAGUGUGUUGAUGCUACCAGGUAACGUCGUGCUCAGUGAUGUGCGACGCACCAGAAAGAAACAUGUAGGAGAUGAACUCUACAUAGAGACGUCUCCAGACUGUGAGCUGCUGCCAAAGCAGGAAUACACACUGUCCACUUGUCCUGAAGACGACUCAGUUCUAGUUCAACCAACAACAGCAAAAUUUCACAGUGACAACUAUGACAACUACUUUACAUCAUUUGAGGUGGAUUUGGAGAAAAUCCUGAAACAUAUUAAACUGUUUCUGAGAGACACCAACAGACACAGUGUCUGGGAGAGACGAGUUUGUCUUUCAUCAGCUGGACUAACAAAGUCCUGUGGACGGAGCGCUCUGAAUCUGCCUUCACACCAGAAGCUGUUUGACAUACGCAGCAGCUUCAUCGAGGGGAUAUCAGGACCUGUUCUCAAGAGUCUGCUGGUUAGAAACUGAUCUGAGCUCAAACUCUGAACUCUGACUUCAAUCUCUAAACUCCAAAACCUUUUUCCUAGAACUCGGACCUUCCUAUCAGAAUUCUAAGACCAAGUUAGAAUCCUGACCUCAGAUUUAAUCUCCUUUUUUCAAGAACUCAAACUUUUCCCAGAUCUGUGAUGAAGUGUAGAUAUGGACAGUUUUUAAAUGUUGAAUUUGAGUUCAUCAUUUUAAAUGAAUGAAUGAUUUUAUUACAUUUUAAACCAGAUAUCUUGAGUGCAGACUGUGUUUUUUAUGCUGUUCACCACCUGAUUCUGACUGAUCACUGACGCUUCGUAUGUUUGAUGUUAGCGUGCUGUUUGGUACUUGAUGCUGUCUAAAGAUUACGACCUACCAACACGAAGCGUCAGUAUUAGACGUUUAAUGUUUAAUUUAAUGUGCAGUCAUACAUCUGUCAUUAGGCUGAAACUUGUCUGUCGAAGAUACAUUCAGUCAAAUAAAGUUUGAGCUGGUGAGACUGUCA